AUGUACAAGCCUGUUGUUCAUAUCCUAGGUUUAGGAUCUAUGGGCACAUUGAUAGCGUCAGAUCUGUUAAAAUAUAAUGAAGUAACAGUUGUCCCAUUGUUGAGAUCUAAAGAAAAACUUUCAAUAUUCAGUAACAGAUAUGAUAAUACUAUUAGACUACGGAAGAUUUUUUUAGAUGGAUCUCCCGUUCAAGAAAAUAAGCUUUGCAAUAGUUAUUGUCCUGAAACGUUUAAAAAUGCAGGCCCUAUUGAAAACUUAGUCAUUACUACCAAGACAUAUCAAACCAAAGAAGCUUUACUUCCAUAUCUACCUUACAUUAAAUCUCAUACCAAUAUAAUUUUAAUACAGAAUGGGUUAGGUAUCUUGGAAUUAUUGAAGGAGGAAAUAUUUACUGAUUCAAAUAGUAGACCACAGUUAUUCCAGGGUGUCAUCUCUCAUGGGGUUUAUCAGGAUGAAGGCUUUACAUACAACCAUGCAGGUUGGGUUGGUAUGAAGAUAGCCAGAUUGCCAUGGGAGAACAAUAUUGUGCAGACCAACGAAUUACUUGAACAUGAUAAGAUAAAUAAUUCCUUAGUGAACCUAUUAACAAAAGAACCAUUUUGUAGUAAAUUUGGCAUUGAACACUUAACCUAUCAAGAGUUACUACUAGGACAAUUGCAUAAAUUUAUUUUGAAUUGUUGUAUGAAUAGUGUUACAGCAAUCAUGGAUUGUGUCAAUGGCGAGAUGAGAGAGUAUUGCGAACCUGUAUUUAGAUUAAUCAUAGAAGAAUCACUCGAUAUUCUUGCUCAAGGAUAUCCAAAGUUAUUUGCGUACGAUAAAGAAUUUAAGGGAAAGAAUGAAUACCCCCAAUUGAACGUAAAUUCUAUAUUAAGUGUAGACUAUUUGGUGAAGGAUAUAAUCAAGAUUGGUUGUGUAAUGUGUGCACAAAACAGUACAUCUAUGAGACAAGACACACUAUAUUUAAGAAAGACAGAAAUUGAUUAUAUCAAUGGCUAUCUUGCAAAACUAGCCCAAAAACUGAAUCUUCCAAAGAACUCUAGUAAGGUUAAUGAAACAAUAAUAUCGAUGGUAAACCUAAGAUCAGGCUUAAAUAAAGACAGAGCUUCGUAA